AUGGCAGCCACAUUGCACUUACGUGGACUCGUGACAUCUCAUCCAUGUUGCUCCAAGAGAGCCUCGUGCUUUCAGUCUGUUUGGGGACACCAUAAUCUUGGCCACCUGGUUUCCCCUCUUCCUGCUCCUGGUUCACGUACGCAUCUGAAUGGGUCUCGUGGACAGCUGGCCCUUCGAGUUAAUUGUGUGGCUGGCAGGGUCGGCGUCCUCGAGAAGCAUGAUGUCGAGGACCAAGCAUCUGAACAAACUGCAAAUCAGCUGACGUGUGUUAUGAAGUUUGGUGGCUCAUCUGUUGCCUCGGCAGAUAGGAUGAGAGAAGUAGCUGAACUUAUUCGCAGCUUUCCUGAAGAGAGGCCUGUCAUUGUUCUUUCUGCUAUGGGGAAAACAACCAACAAGCUCCUACUGGCUGGAGAAAAGGCGGUCACUUGUGGGGUUUCAAAUGUGUCUGAUCUUGAAGAACUGACCUUCAUCAAAGAUUUGCAUUUGAGUACUGCGGACGAGCUUGGGGUAGAAAGGUCUAUAAUUGCAAAACACCUCUCUGAGUUGGAACAGCUUCUGAAUGGGAUUGCUAUGAUGAAAGAGAUGACUCUGAGAACAAAGGACUACCUUGUCUCUUUCGGCGAGUGCAUGUCCACUAGGAUUUUUUCAGCAUAUAUGAAUAAGAUUGGUGUCAAAUCUCGUCAAUAUGAUGCCUUUGAAAUGGGUAUUAUCACUACUGAUGAUUUUACAAAUGCGGACAUUUUGGAAGCGACUUAUCCAGCUGUUGCAAAGAGGUUGUGUGGAGAUUGGAAUAGUGAUCCUGCAAUUCCUAUUGUUACCGGGUUCCUCGGGAAGGGCUGGAAAAGUUGUGCUGUCACUACAUUGGGAAGGGGUGGUAGUGAUUUGACUGCCACAACAAUUGGUAAAGCUUUGGGGUUGAGGGAAAUUCAAGUGUGGAAAGAUGUAGAUGGUGUUUUAACUUGUGAUCCUAACAUAUAUCCUGGGGCGGAGCCAGUGCCCUAUCUGACUUUCGAUGAGGCAGCUGAACUUGCUUAUUUUGGCGCUCAGGUUCUCCAUCCUCAGUCCAUGAGACCCGCCAGAGAGGGUGACAUUCCUGUUCGAGUGAAGAACUCUUAUAAUCCUAAAGCUCCAGGAACCCUUAUUACUCGAGCAAGAGAUAUGAGCCAGGCAGUACUUACUAGCAUUGUUUUGAAACGAAAUGUCACAAUGUUGGAUAUUGUCAGCACUAGAAUGCUAGGCCAAUAUGGGUUUCUUGCUAAGGUUUUCUCAACUUUUGAGGAUUUAGGCAUAUCUGUAGAUGUGGUAGCAACCAGUGAGGUGAGCAUCUCCUUGACAUUAGACCCUUCAAAGCUUUGGAGCCGAGAGCUGAUCCAGCAGGCAAGUGAACUGGAUCAUAUGGUUGAAGAACUUGAAAAAAUUGCAGUCGUAAAUCUUUUACAGAACAGAUCUAUCAUCUCGCUCAUUGGGAAUGUUCAGAGAUCCUCACUGAUACUAGAGAAGACUUUUCAUGUUCUCCGGACAAAUGGAGUGAAUGUCCAGAUGAUAUCUCAAGGUGCCUCGAAAGUGAACAUUUCAUUUAUUGUCAACGACAGUGAAUCUGAAGAAUGUGUUAGGGCUCUUCACGCGGCUUUCUUUGAGAGCGAUCUUACGGAACUUGUAUCGGGACAUAGUUCUAGGAAUGGUUCGAUAUGA